AUGUUCGCGUGCUUCUUUUCAAAAAUUGAUGUUGGGCCAAAGGAGUUCGAAUUCCAAAUGGAAAAUGCGAUGCUCAUGUCUCUUCUGGUUUCCUGUUGGGUUGGAGUACCAAAGAUUUCACGAGGUUCCGCAGGACUCUCCAAGAUCCAAGAGGUUGGAUUAGGCACUAUUGCUGGACCGUUCGGUCAAGCCCUUACCGUUUUGGGUGACCGUGAGCAGAAGCCGUUGUCGGUAGCCGGAAUUGGUUUGUUUAGAACUUCAAGGACUUCCUUGAAUAGUGGCUUGCCUCAGAUUUGUCGUCAUACACGGAAGUUUGUUCGAGGCGCCUUUCUGGCGAGCGGGCCCCGAGUGGACAAAGUUCCAUUUCCAGAGUUGCAUCAUGACGAACCCACGAGAAGCGAGACAACGAGAUCCACUACCCAUCAAGCACGACCAGCCAGGAUUGUCAACGUGUUUCGCAAGCAGGCAGGCGGCUUCUGUGCUGCACUCUUCGACGCAGGCUGGGGAGUGCCUGCUUUGUAG